CCUCGGGGAUUGGGUAGCUUCGAGGGAGGUGGGCGCUGAUUGGUCGGCGUUCGGGAGGCUCCGGGUGAGGCCGGGGCGCGCGAGCUGGAGUUCCGGUGGGAGGCCUCCUGCGCCAAGGGCCUGCCUCUUUCACCAUGGCCUCGGCUGAGCUGAACUACACCAUCGAAAUCCCGGAGGAGCCCUGCCGGAGUCAGGAGAACAGUUCCAACCAAGGAGGGAAGGAGGCUGAGACCCGGCAGCCUUUGGUGAUUCUCUUGGGAUGGGGCGGCUGCACGGACAAGAACCUUGCCAAGUACAGCGCCAUCUACCACAAAAGGGGCUGCAUCGUGAUCCGCUACACUGCCCCCUGGCACAUGGUCUUCUUCUCCGAGUCCCUGGGCCUCCCUUCGCUUCGUGUUUUGGCUCAGAAGCUCCUGGAGCUGCUCUUUGAUCACGAGGUGGACAAGGAGCCCCUGCUCUUCCAUGUCUUCAGCAAUGCCGGCGCCAUGCUGUAUCGCCAUGUGCUGGAGCUCCUGCACACCCACCGGCGCUUCUGCCACCUGUGUGUGGUGGGCACCAUUUUUGACAGCGGGCCUGGUGACAGCAACCUUGUGGGGGCGCUGCGGGCCCUGGAAGCCAUCUUGCGGCGCUGGCCGGUCAUGCUGCGCCUGCUGAUCCAGGGGGCCUUCACCCUGGUGGCAGUCCUGUUCCACAUCCUGCUGGCUCCACUCACCGCCCUCUUCCACACUCACUUCUACGACAGGCUCCUCAACUCAGCCUCUCGCUGGCCCGAGCUCUACCUCUACUCCCGGGCUGACAAGGUGGUCCUGGCCAGGGAUGUGGAGCGCAUGGUUGAAGCACGCCAGGCACACCAGGUCUCUGUGCGUUCUGUGGACUUUGUGUCAUCAGCCCAUGUCAGUCACCUCCGCGACUUCCCCACGCACUACACCAGCCUCUGUGUCAGUUUCAUGCGCAGCUGUGUCCAUAGUGGGGUACCUCGCUCAACCCCCUCACCUGUACCCCAUAAAUAAGUGCCCACCUUCUCCCCACAACUGACACUGGAUGUGUUCAGCUCCUUUCAGCCUUUUAGAACUGCAUGGUCCCCUUUGUAGAGAAUUCCCAGGGUCCUGUGUUCGGGAUCACUGUGAUGGCUACUGCAGCCCCUAGGGGGCAGCAGUCCUUGUGUGACUGUAGGAGUUCUGCCCUGUGGGUUUCAGAUACGUCCACUGGCCAGACUAGUAACUCCCAGGGUUAUAAGGGUUAGUAAAGUUGGUAGGGGCCUGGGGGUAUUGAGGAUGAGCCCAGGAUAGAUCACUGGUUUCUGGAAUUGAGGGUGAGUUUUUGGGAUAGAUGCCAAAGAAGGGUGAGGCCAUUGUAGUGUCUGCUGUUUAGGAUCCAUAGCAAAGCCCCCAGUCCCUGUGGAACCCAUUGAGACUUGCCCACCUGCCUACCCACUGCACGAGAGGCCAGAAGGGAAGUUGGGGAUACAGAACUGGGGGCAGCAAAGCUAGAAACCACCAGAUCCAGGAAGAUUGCCAGAUGUGAGGAAGGGUUGGGAGUGGGGAGCAGGCAGGCAGUGGCACUGUGGGUGUCUGGGGCCUUUGUCAUUAUUGCAACACCUUGUUUCCCUCGGGGAGCCACAUGCAUCUUUGGAGGCAGGAGAGGCAACUUCAGUCACUUGUUGUCCAGCAUUCUAUCAGGCACUGUUGUGUGGUACUGAAACAACUUGGUAUUCAAUAAAUCCAGAUGGAGAUGC